GAUAAAAUUUACUCUACCCGAACUUCUCCCCAUUCCUUUCCCUCCCUUUUUCUUCAUUUUCACACGCAUGUAUAUAUAUAUAUAUAUAUUAAUAACUGAAAAUAAUUAUCCAAAUAAAUUAAACAUUUACUCUCUGGAUCAUGCGCUUCGCUCGGAUCUCGCCUCUGUAUUUCCCUUCCAUAUCUCCACCCGCUGGCUUCUUUCCAUCCCAUCCAUUCUCCUCAUCGGCACAUCGAGAGCACUUCCAUUAAGCUAUCGAUUCGUCGAGCGGCAGCAAUUCUUGUCCGGGAAGGAAACAGAGGUCGUCGAAAUGGAAAUGAGGAAGUGAUUUUGAUUUUCUCAUUUUGAUUGAGUGUACCAGAAAUGGAGGAAUGUUGGUUAUCGGUUGAUUAAUUAGCUAGCUGUUGAAAAAUUGCAGUAACCAGACGGAUAUAAUACGCUGGAUUUUUUUUUUUGUUUGGGAUAUUGAAUUGUAACGUGUAAAAUGGAGAAUAUCGCGGCACAGUUGAAGCGAGGGAUUUCGCGUCAGUUUUCGACGGGGUCGUUGCGGAGGACUCUGAGCCGGCAGUUUACCAGGCAGUCCUCGCUUGAUCCUCGGCGGAACAACAUGCGGUUCAGCUUCGGGAGGCAGUCUUCGCUUGAUCCUAUAAGGAGGAGCCCCGGCGACGGCGACGCGCUCGCUGUUCCCGAGAAUCUAGACUUCACCAUGCAAUUGCUCUUCAUGGCUUGCAGAGGCGACGCUGGCGGCGUUGAGGACUUGCUCAACCAUGGGAUCGACGUCAACAGCAUCGACCUCGAUGGCCGCACUGCUUUGCACAUCGCUGCCUGCGAGGGCAACGUCGAUGUUGUCAAGUUGCUCCUCAGUAGGCGGGCUAACAUUGAUGCUCGUGAUCGAUGGGGCAGUACGGCAGCCGCUGACGCGAAGUACUAUGGGAAUGUGGAGGUUUACAACAUUUUGAAGGCUCGUGGAGCCAAAGUUCCUAAAAUCAGGAAAACACCGAUGACGGUUGCUAAUCCUAGAGAAGUGCCAGAAUACGAGCUUAAUCCGCUAGAGCUUCAGGUUCGAAAGGCUGAUGGUAUCUCAAAGGGAACCUAUCAAGUUGCUAAAUGGAAUGGCACAAAAGUGUCUGUAAAGAUACUCGACAAGGACAGCUAUUCAGAUCCUGAAAGCAUAAAUGCUUUCAAACAUGAGCUAACUCUACUAGAAAAGGUUCGACAUCCCAAUGUCGUUCAAUUUGUUGGAGCUGUCACCCAAAAUAUUCCCAUGAUGAUUGUAUCGGAGUAUCAUUCAAAAGGUGAUUUAGGUAGCUAUCUUCAAAAGAAAGGGCGUCUUUCUCCAUCUAAAGCUCUAAGAUUUGCUCUUGAUAUUGCAAGGGGAAUGAAUUAUCUGCAUGAAUGUAAACCAGAUCCCAUCAUCCACUGUGAUCUAAAGCCAAAAAAUAUUUUGCUGGAUAGUGGAGGUCAGUUGAAGGUAGCUGGAUUUGGUUUGAUAAGGUUGUCAAAAAUUUCACCUGACAAAGCAAAAAUAGUGCAGCCAAGGACACAUAUAGACCUUGCAAACUAUUAUGCGGCGCCUGAGAUUUACAAUGAGGAAAUAUUUGAUAGGAGCGUGGAUUCACAUUCUUUUGGUGUGAUUAUAUAUGAGAUGAUGGAGGGAGUUCAACCUUUCCAUCCCAAGACCGCUGAAGAGACUACAAGAAUGAUGUGUUUAGAAGGAAAGAGACCGGCAUUCAAGUCCAAGUCAAGGAGUUAUCCUCCAGAAAUGAAAGAGUUGAUUGAGGAAUGUUGGGCUCCAGAAUCUGUUGCUAGACCAACUUUCUCUGAGAUCAUUGUACGAUUGGACAGGAUAGUUGCUAAUUGCUCAAAACAAGGAUGGUGGAAAGACACCUUCAAGCUUCCUUGGAAAUAGAGGAGGCGGGGUUACUUCAGGAAAGGACGAUGGAUAAAGUGUAGGGAUUUUCUGCCUCAACAGUUUUGGAGCUUCAAGUACAUUUCAUAAAUCUCGAUUCCAAUAAGAAUGAAUCUUCAAGCACAUAACUACCUCAAAGAUAAAAAUGAAGAAUUUUGCCCUUGUUCUUUCUUCUCCAAAUGAACUGUAAUAGUUACUUGUUCUUGUAUAAUGUGUUAAAAGUGCUAUAUCUCUUAGAUCAUCUAUUAGCACAUAGGAAAAUAAUGAAAUACUGUUGCAAUGGGACUAUGUUCAUCACUUAAUCAAAAAUUGAUAACCCAAUGUGCAACCCUUGUAUUGACUCAUUAUGUUUUUUCUCAUGGAGCUAUUUUGUCAUUCAGCUGGGUUUGUUCA